AUGGUAGUGGAGAAGUCAUUCAAACGUCGUGGAAUGAGCUAUCUGAUCACGGAGAUAAAACUUUUGGCCGUUAUUGUAUAUACUUGCGACAAUGAGGAUGGCGCACUGUCUGAUCUUUUACCGAUGGAACCUGCAAUGAUUUUCAAGACAUCGACUUCACCACUUCCCUCUUCCGCAAGCACGCAAACUCGGGUAAAUGAGGAUGCUGUGGAGGCCGUUAAUCUGUGCCGGGAAUCAUUAAAGGCUUUGCCUUCACAGCACCCUGACAUAAAAUCUACCUGUCUCGUUUCCAAGUGCAACACAACCUUACCGACCUAUCACUCGCUGCAGAUAACCUCAGAUUGGCAUCGAGACACCCUACUCAGGGGCUUUCCAUACCGCAUUAUGACAGCCUGGAACUGGGUCACUGCAGCUGAGCGGCAGUCCUACAUCUGUACUAGAGGCCUACAACAAUUUCGACCCUAUUUAGCAGCGAUUAUCAAAUACGUUGCCAAAGCGUUGUACGAGAAUAUGUUCAAAGAUUUGAAGGAUGGUUGCUUCAUGGACUGUACGAAGGCGGCAUGGGCACACGCGGUAAAGACGAAAGUGCCACUCGAGCAGAGGAUGUUCAUUCAUAUCGGUGUGGUUCCUGCUGCAUUGUUUUUAUCUGGUACGAUUUUACAAGUUCUUUAUUUUUCAUUCUCCAUUGAACUUUGA